UGCCUUCAGAGGGGAAAUGCUCAACGUUAUGGAUUUCUCCUGUCCGGACCCGCUUUACUCCAAGUACGAGGAGAGCUGCGAGAUGAAAACCGGAGACCUGCAGGGCUUGGGGCAGCCUGAGCAGCAACUUCUGGCAGAGGCCGAUUUCCUCGGAGGUGAGCUGCUGGGCGCCCCGAUGAGCGGCGGGGUGGUGGAUUACUCCCUCCUGGGCAGCCAGCCCUCCCCUUCGCUCAGCUACACCGGCAGCUUCUUCAUCAAGGCGGUACCGGAGCAUCCCCAGGACCAGGAAUCCCUCUUCAACCUGAUGUCGGGGAUCCUGGGCAUCUCCCCCUUCGCCUCCUCCGAGGGCCACCAAAGGCACCUGGAUGCUCUUUACCCCUGCCCCGAGGUGGCUCAGAGCCAGCUGGACCUUUACGCCGCCUGCCAGCCCGAAAUGAACGGAUCCACCCAAGCUCCUUUCCCGGAGCAGAGCUACGGCGGCUUCCCCACGGCGGAGGGUGCUCAACCCCUCCAGGCACAACCCACCUUAGGAAACACCUCGCAGUGCUUCUUCCAACCCAAGCUCCUGGACAACAAGCAGGACAUCAAGCUGCCCUCUGGUUCCCCACCCCUGGACAAGUUUAAAGCCUCCUGUGCCCAGUGGGAGCCCAUCACCCAGCAUCAGGCCUACUUACCCGCCGACUACCAUUCUCCCGAAGCCUUCCCGGCUGGGGAGAGCAGCCAGGGGCUGUUCCACCCGCUGGGCUCCAAGAUGGAGAGCAUCUUGUCCGUCAGCUGCCAGUCGGAGCUCGGCAGCCUGGCGGAGGAUGCUGCCUGCUUCGGCACCCAUCUGGGCUUCGGCUGCGAGCCAGAAAACUUCCCGGCCCGCGGGGACUUUGCCGACACCAAGAUCCACAGCCUCCCUCCUCCGUUAAUGCCGGAGUUUGAUGCCUCCUUGGCCCAGCCCGAAGUCCUGCCGGGUCUGAUGAGCUCUGCCGAGCUCCUCCAUCCUCACCCCUCGCCCUCCAUCCCUCCCGCGGACUUUUUGGGCCACCCCACCUCUUCCUCCAUCCCUUCCCUGCUGCCCACCAACCCUCCUGCCUUGGCCGAGCCCAAGAAGAAGACCCGCCGGACCAAGUGCUCUUCCAAAUGCUUCUGCCCGAAACCCCACGAGAAGGCUUUCGCCUGCCCGGUGGAGAACUGCAUCCGGAGCUUCGCCCGCUCGGAUGAGCUCAACAGGCACCUCCGCAUCCAUACCGGCCACAAACCCUUCCAGUGCCGCAUCUGCCUGAGGAACUUCAGCCGCAGCGACCACCUCACCACCCACAUCCGCACCCACACCGGCGAGAAGCCCUUCUCCUGCGACACCUGCGGCCGCCGCUUCGCCCGGAGCGACGAGAAGAAGCGCCACAGCAAGGUCCACCUGAAGCAGAAAGCCCGGACGGAGGAGAAGCUCAAAGGUUUGGGGUUCUUCUCGGUGGGUCUCUCCUUCGGGACGCUGUGAAGCCCCAACCUGAGCGCUGGGAGAUGGCGUUUCCCGAGGUCCCCCGAGCAUCUCACGGGAGAGCCGGGGGUGGGAAUAACCUCCUGGGGUGGCCCCGGAGAAGACGACGGCAGAUCAGGCCGUGCCGGGGAGGAGAGGGGCACGCGGGAGGCAGAGGCGAUGCCGUGGCGCUGGACCACUGGCUGCGGAGAAGGGAUGUGGCAGCUCCGGCCGCCCGGAGCCAUCUCCAAACUGCAGAGACUGAGUCAUUUUUAUAGCUCCUAUUCCAAGGAGGGGAAAGCAAAAAAAAAAAAAAAACCAUGUACAGAAAGAAAUCACCACCGAGAUGGGUUUUUGGGGCUUUUUUUUAAUACCCGAACCCACGGACAUCCUGCAUUCGUAGUGACUUGACUGUGAUUUCCCCUGCCAGCACUUUACACGAUGCUCCCGACUGGUUAUUUACCAGCCGGCACGGUCGGGGGCUGCGGCUGCACCGAUCCUUUCUCCCGAAGGAGAGAGAUGCCGCCGGGCUCCGGCAACCGGUGCGUACCGGUCCCUUUGGAAAGGUGAUGUCGUUAUUAUUAUUAUUAUUUUCCUGUUUGUAAAAAGAAUCUAUCAGGAAUAUUAGAAAAUGGUGUCUAUUUUUCUAAUUAAAGAUUUGAGCUA